AAUCUAUAUAUUUAUACAUUAGUUGAAUAGUUCAGUUCAUUUAUUAUGGACCUGAAACCCAUCCUGUGUGGUUGGUUUCGAUGAGAUCCUGGAAUCAACAUCUCUGAGGACCAAAGCCAGAGCAGGAGAUCCUGUUUGAUUGACAUAUUUGACCUUGAGACGCAGAGGAAGGUCACCACUGGGGAUACUAUGUAAAUAAAACGUCUGGCAGGAGGAGGAAAGACUCAAGGAAACUACGUAAGCAAUAUACACUCUCUCUCAAGUUCAAAGCAGCAACUAAGAACGUUCUUGAGAAUAAAGGAAAAGUUGCUAGAAGAGGUGGCAAGACACCAUUAUAGGUCAUCUUAAAAAUGGAUGAGUAUAGUAUGAAAAUAUACCUCUUCCUCUCUGGUCAAGCUUGAUUCCAAAGGACAACUUAGGUUAUUACUGACGGAUUGAAGACGAAGGCAAGCAGAUUGGAUGAAAAUCUCAAGGCCAAAUGGUCCGGACUUCACUUGCCUAAAGCUACUGGAGAUUUGAAUACUGGAUGAGCUCGUGGGUCUGUCAAGACCCACAAACCUGGAAACCCGCUUCAUGUGACCAUCACCCAGAUAGCAGCAACUGCGUCCAGCCUGGUUAAACGACUCAACACACUCCCGAUCCCAUACGUAGCUGGCGCUUUCAGCAUUAUCUAUUCAAACUAAUUUGUCGACUUAUUGCAAAGGAUCGCAGGCAUCCAGUGUGAGAUAUUCUUUAAAUGUUUCUUCACUGUUCACCAACAGGGAAGUGGAUGAUAUAUUUGGAAUGAUAAUGGAAAAAAGUUUAUCCGUAUCCAGUAAGCAUUCUUCUUUGCAUCUUAGGAAGAACAUUUAUAGAACUACUAGAUACAUGUAUUAAACAGGCCCUAUUCCUGUGCCAUAAUGGUCUUAUGUAAAAGCAAGUAAAUGGUGAAGACCUGCGUUUCCUCUCUUGAUAUUCUGUUUGCGAGAUUUAACAUGAGUGCUAUUGAGAAGACAAGUCUUGUUUGACAUAGACCUAAAACCAGACCUCUACUGAUGAAAGCAUCAUGUAUGAAAUGAAGAGAUGCUGCUGCCUAUCUCUGAGGACUGGAGCACUCAUAGUGGGAGUGACUGACAUGCUGUUUGACUCGAUACAUCUUGUACUGGGAGUUUUCGCCAUCGUGAGUUUUUCAGGGACAUAUAUUGUCGAUGGGCUUAACGACGACCCACUGUCAGUGGCGCACAUGGUGGUGGAGGCGAUAGUGGCAUUUAUUGACUUCAUAUUCGCUGGCCUGCUCUUGCGUGGCGUUCACAAGGAAUGCCUGAGGAAGGUGACGAUGUGGUUGUGGUGGACGGCGCUACAGCUGCUGGUGCAGAUCACCGCCUCCGUCAUCUUCCUGUUCUACGAGGAGCGCGUCCAAGGCUGGCACAUUGUGCUGGCUGUGCUGGUCUUCAGUUUCCUGGUCUUCUGCCUUCACGUCGUCCACUCCUACGCUCGUUCUUUGAAGAGGAAGAAGAGACUGGCAAGCGAAAUCUUUAUGCAUGAGAACCAGUUAAUGGACAUAUAGGGAACAGCUGCAGCUCCACCAGGUCGAAUCUUCGCUCUACGAGUCCGUCGACGCUCUACUAUCUCCAGUCGACGCUCUGCGAGCUCGGGUUGACGCUCUAUCAACACUGAUCGACACUUGAUUUUUUUAUCAAAUUACUUUUAGCGUAUUAUACUUCAGACUUAUAUAUAGUCAGGGUAUGGAUGACCUCUAAUGACUCUUACAUAUAUAGUGUCACACUUUAGUUUAUUGUUUGCAUUACUGUCUACUAAAGUUAUGAGUAUUUCUCUAUUUGCAAUUGAACAGUCAGUGGGGUGACAUGUUUAUACCAAGUGAUGACUGGAGGAAAUGAUCCUUACAUAAACUCGGUGUUAAUCAUGUGUAAUUGGUUUAAUUUAACAUGCACAUCUUUGUUUGUAGUUCACAUUCGAAUGUUCUCGUUUUAUAACAAGGGCAUCACGCAGCCGAAUAGAAUAUAUAAGUAUAUUUUUCAGGCGUUCGGUUAUCACCAGGUAAUCUGCCUCUGCUAGAAAUGACAUAUGAUAAUGUAAUCAAACAUUACAAAACAGCAAUAUACCAUUUAUAAGUGAGUAAAAACAGUAUAACACAUUAUUGUGAAAUAACAGGUGGGGAUGUGAUGUGGGUAUGUACACCUGAGGCAGGUUCACAAGUGGGUAUGUUAUAUGGGCAUGCCUGAGGAAGGCUCACAAGUGGGUAUGUUAUGUGGGCAUGCCUGUGGCAGGUUCACAAGUGGGUAUGUUAUGUGUGCUUGCCUGAAGCAGGUUCACAAGUGGGUAUGUUAUGUGGGCGUGCCUGAGGCAGGUUCACAAGUGGGUAUGUUAUGUGGGCGUGCCUGAGGCAGGUUCACAAAUGGGUAUGGUAUGUGGGUAUGCCUGAGGCAGGUUCACAAGUGGGUAUGUUUUGUGGCCAUGCCUCAGGCAGGUUCACAAGUGGGUAUGUAAUAUGGGCAUGCCUCAGGCAGGCUCACAGGUUGGUAUAUAAGGUGGGUGUACCUAAGAGGGAAGCACACAGGUGGGUAUAUGAGGGGGGUGGGUAUUUGUGAUAUGUAUACAUGAGAGAUGUCCGCAGGUGGGAAUAUGAGGAAGACUCACAGAAAGAGAGAGACGAUGUAUCAGGAUAUGAUUCACUAUUUGCUUUUAACGUGAUAUUAUAUAUGACCGUUUACGAGAGAGAAGCGACUUCUUGUCGAGGAUUUAAUUAUUUGCAGGUCACUUCAAUGUUGUACGGGAUUUGUGUUCAUCGGAAGAUUUUAUCAAGUUAAUUCUUGUAACAUGUUCACUGUUUGAAGUAACAUGCAGGUUAAGCUAAUAACUGUAACUGACAAUUAAAACAUGGUAAAAACGUAUAAAAUGAAUACUAGUAAAUAGAAUUAAUAAAGUUAUAAAUCCUG